AUGGAUGAUAUAGCUGUUCCGAUCGCUUCUACUUCCGGCGGUGCCGACGAUUCAGUCAUCGCCUUCCAGUAUCCGUGGGCGCUCAAAGUGUGCCAAAGGUGAGUGGCGUCCCUUUCGAUCAUUUGCUCUUUCGGCAUUCCGACGUGGCACUAGUGGCGGAUAGUACCAGUUCCCGGCCUCUUCUCCCGCUUUCCUUUUCGAUGUGCACUCGUCUCAAACACAUUUCAAACCGAUUUCACCGCCCCGGUUAGCCUCAGUCAGUCAUGUUUACUUCUCGGAAAGCGGCGCAUGCUCUCAGUCUGUUUUUUCGGUUUGUUUGUAGUCUGAAUUGCGCCUCCCAGUCUGCUACGGGAACGGGUUACUGUAGUGAUACUCGUCGACCAACAAAGAGGCGAAAAAGUGACCGUAUCCAGGGAGAGGGCGAAAAGUGAAAGUUAUUGUUGACGACGCGAAAUUGUUCUGAUAAAACAGUUUUCCCAGUAAUAAUCGAAUUGAUAAGGAGGCGAAAAGACGAUGAAAUGGGGAGACGAGGAGGUGCUGCCGCAUCAAAAACCAUCGGGGAGGACAAAAGAUCGGAGAGGGCUUGAAAAGGCAUAGACUGUUGAGUGUGGGAGCCACACCAAACACCACCUUAUGUAUGCUUUUCCGUUGCAGACAAAUCGAGGACGAGUCGAUUCUUCUGAAUGUGUCGCGGCCGUUCUCAACCUCGUACAAACAUGUGCAGUUCACAUGGGCACUCCGACUCACCGACGAGUACGUGCUGUCCAGCAACGGUGAGUUAUGACCCUUUCUCCCUUCUUCUCUCUGUUCUAGUUUGUUCUAUUUUAUUUUGACACCUCUCACUUAUUUCGCCCCUUUUCUGAAACAUGUUUUCGUUACGGUGAAGCUGGAACAGUGUGUAAAAAGCGGCUGCUUGUUUGGUCUUCGGACCCUUUUCGUUCCCGUGACGUCAUCGGACCCUCGGGUCGGUUGAAUUCGGGCGCCGGAGUGGCAGUAUCUGUGGCGCCAGGUGUAACACACACACACCUCACGGCUGUCCAUCUAUCACCCAGUGCACUUUUGGGCGCGUCUCCGAUCACAUGACUGACCCGCUUCGCUCUGUAAUCUUUGUGCUUCCAGCUGCCGUCGACUCGAAUCGCCACGUGCUGCUGCAUCUCUACUACAAAGAGGGACCGUGCGCCGAGGUAGACGUCGAGGAAGUCCGUGCUCAGAUCCUCGACCCGGCCACCAACGAGACUCUCUUCUCCGGUCUCAUCCUCACCGGCGGAAAGUUCACGAGAGGCAGUGGAUGGCCGAUCCACGUGGACAAAGAGGGAAGGGCCGAGUUCACAGAGUUCCUGCACAAAAAGGUCGAUUCGAAUCUGUUGGUUGUGGUGGAAAUCCGCAUGAAAGAGUCUCAUUUCGAGCCUUUGAAUUAUCUUCCGGACGUGGAAACCGCCUUCUCCAGGACUACGCAGAUCAUCGAAAAGGCCGUUCACAAGUUCGUGGACGAUGUGAUCAACGGAAAGAUUCGCAUUCCGGAUCUGGAGCACGUCGACGAGAAGGUACCCCCUUUUUUUCCUCAGUUGAUUGAUUGAAUUCGCAUUGUUUUGCAGCAAGCCGACAACGACAAAUUCUCGGUGCACCGGCUGAUUUUCAUCUACGGCGUGGAUACGGUGUGCCGCGAAAUCUCAGAGAACGACCAGCAGAGCGAGAUCUGCGAACAACUCGUGCGAAAUGUAAGUGUUUUGGUGCCGGCCGUCUGGAAGCUUUUUCUAUAUGCGCCACUUGAAAUUCUGAUUAUACUGCUCUGUUUUUGUGUGAAAUCCGAGGAGCGCAAGGCCAGACCAUCAUAUGGUAUAAACAUGUUUUUGUUCCGAUAUUUGGGAGCAAAAGCCGCGAGCCGGGCGCACACGUCUGGAAAGCAUACAUGCAGAUGGAACACAGAUGCAAAAUGGGGAAGUGGAGGGGUCGGGUUACGGAAAACAGAUUGAUUCCGGGAUCAUGAUGACGUCCGUUCGGCUACAGUAAUCCUCGUGGGUUCUAGUUGACUAAUGCUGCCUUUCUUUCCGCUUCAUUGAACUCGUCCUCUUCCAGUUGACUCGCUCUUCCACUAUUUCUAUUUUGAUCCGAUUGCCACCAGUAAUCAGACACCUCCUUCUCCUCUUUCACCUGAAAAACAGUAAAUACGAAUCUGAUUGAUGCUAUUCUCUCCUGCAGUUUUCGCCCAUUCUGAAAUUGAUACUCUUGGUUUUCAUGUCACGAAUCUCAAAUUAUUCUUUUUGCAGACGUUCGCCCAUGUCUACUUCGAACGAGUGCUCUCACGUGAAAUUAAAUUCUUCGAUGACUUCGUUACGCUCGUCGAAGGACUCACUUACGCUCAUCUGCCGGCUCUCCGCAAGGAAGUCGAGAGGUUUAUCUGCCAGGAAGUGAUCCAGGUACCCGUUGCCCAUCCAGCUUCCUCGUGUACCGUCAUCUUCAGAUUCAGUCCGAAAUGGAUCCAUCUUUUGCGAAGAAAUUGCUGCUCGUUUCGGAAAAGUACAACCUCGAAGUGCUCAAAAUGGUGAUCAACGGAUUCCUCGUCGACCAGAUCAUUGGCAAUUCGAAUCCGCCGAAAGAACUUGUCAAUAUAAAACACGAACUGCAGCAAAUGGCGCAUGAAAUGUAGGUGGUCACGUGCAAAGAGCAAGAUCUCAUCCGUGUUCAUUUUGCAGACAGGAGAGCGAAAACAUCGAGAACCUCGUGGGUACGGUAGUGACCGAUCUGCAGGAACUGACCCGCCGAGUCCGCCGAGUCUCGCUCUCCCACUCGCCAUCGCAGUCAUCGCAUAGCAGGUAAAAAACGAGAGAGUGUGAUGCAAUCAGGACGGUUGUUGCGGCAGGAAAAAAGCAAGGAAUGGACGGACAUUCGCGUGCGAUUCACAUGAAUUCCACGGCCGCUGCAAACACUUUUUGUUUUUCCAAAGUCGAGGAAUCACAAGAUUCAAUUAGAGAAACUUUUUUGAAGAGGGGUCGGGAAAGUGACAGCACAUGCCCCGGGAGCAAUUUUUUGAGAGACAGCUUGGUCCUCCUCCAACAAAAACCGUCCCACAGUGUCAGGGAAAGAACAACUUUGACCAAAACGGAAUUCCAUUUCAGUUCCCCAUUGGCCACGCCCACAAAUGGCAGCGGGUCCCCAUCGGUUCCGGCGCCGUUCGAUUCGCCGACGAGCCGCUUCAAAAGAGUUUCGCUCGCCUAA